UAUGUCCUGGAUUUCAAAUAAAGUAAUAACUAUAUUUGUUCACAUCUAUUAACCACACAGAUUUUGUGCUGAUGGGUUUCAGCCUGGUUCACACCCAGUCAACCUCACACACAUGGUCUAGGAAGUAAAGAAAUAUUCUACAAACUUCUACUCGCUCACAAGCCAAACGCAGCCAAGUGGCAGAGAACCAGGACCUUCCUUCAUCAGAAAAUAUAUCGACGCCUCAUCAUCAUGACCCCUGUAACGGCUCCUGCUGAUUCCCAGCUCUUCCGAUGCUCAGCUUUUCUGAAAGGCGAGCCCAAAGCACUGGGGACUGUGCAGAUCAUAAUCGGAAGCUUGACUUUCUUGUUCGGUAUUGUUUUAACCUCUCUCAUUCCAACACCCAUGGUCAUCACUGGUAUAGCUUUGUGGGGAUCUCUGGUCUUCGUUAGUUGUGGUGCUUUAUCAGUCGCUACAGCCAAAAAGCAUGAUCCAUGCGUGGUGAAAGCCUCGUUGGGAAUGAACGUGUUCAGUGCUGUGGUUGCAGGUGUCUUUAUCAUUCUCUUCACAGUGGACAUGUUGUUUCGGCCUUUCUCCAUCUCCAUUGAACUUUGUGUAAAUGACAAAUAUUCCUCAGACUAUUCCUCAUCCAGAUGUGAGCGGCGCGUUCAAGCAAUGUGGUAUGGAAUCUAUGGAGUGUUGUUGGUUUUCGCUGUGCUCGAGCUCAUCAUUUCUAUCUGCAAUUAUGCUGUCGCCUGUAAAGCUACCUGCUGCUCCACAACUACAGUGACUAGAGAGGUGAUAUAUACACAACAACAACCGAUGAAUCAACAGUUGAUCCACACUCCUGCCUACAACCAAGUUCCACAACUUCAACAAGUUCCAUCUCCUGUAACCACCUACAAUGUUUAAGUGAUUAAAAAUGAUGUAGUUCUGAAAAUUGCCAUAUUUUUGCAGUCAAAUCCUGCUUCCUGUUUAAUCUUUGUGUCUAAAAAUGACCUAAAGGUUAAAUAAAAGAUUUUCCUAUAGAAGUAAAAAUGCAAGAUUCCGGACAGCAGAGCAGUUGUACUGUAUAAUGAUUGACUGUAUGGUUAACAAAUAAACUUUCUGCAUGCAAUAACAUCCAUGUUUAUCUCCUUUAACAACACACAUCAGCAUGAG